AUGCAUCCUGGGCCCGACCCGUUGGGUGCACCUCCAAGCUUUGCGGCUAGGAGGCCCAACGCGUCGAACCUGGGUACAUUCGAGCUGCCGCCGCCGCCUCCGCAUAUGCAGAACAUGAAGCACAAUUACUCCUCUUUCAACACCAUCAACGCGUCGCAAUCAUCACAGGCCCCUUCGACGAUUGCUGGCGUUGGCAGCUUGCUUACACCCCCGAGCAAUCUGUCGGGUGACGGAAUCAGCCCCGUUUCUGGAGUAACGACAACCAGCUCCAACUCGACGCAGAGUAUGCAGUAUACUCCCAACGGGCAGUACAUAUAUUCGCCGCCGACUCAGGCACCUAGUGGGUAUGGAUAUCAGCCGGGCUCGCAACCGCCACAAUCAUACAAUACUCCCUCGAGAGGUAUGUUUUCGCCAGUAUACUCGACCCAGCAAAGGCAUCCUGGCUCACACCAACAACGUGAAGGACUACCACCUCCGCCAUACGAAGUCAAUCUGCCACCGUUCCCGGCGUCGGGGUCUAUGGCGGCGCCUUCGAAUCUGCCGACAAUGUCUACUCAGCAGCAGCAGCAUCACCAAGCGAUGAAUAACGCUAUGAUGAACGCACAGACUCCUGUUUCGUCGUCAGCACCGCAUCACUCUCCGGUCCACGCGCAGGAGGGCUUCCAGCGACCGCCUCCAACGCCAACUUACUAUGGAUCUCAGCCGUCGACGACACCGCAACAGCAGUCGUUCCCGUAUUCUACAGGGCCUUCGCCAACUCAGCAGAGUCCAAUCAGCGCCGGCGGCUCGAUGCCUAGAAUGUCCCCAGCGAACAGUCAAGGACAGGUCCCCUCGUUGCAAUCUGCGCCGUCGCAAUCGCCCCAUCCAUACCAACGUCCGUUUGGUGGCUAUCUCCCACCAGGCCCUGUUUUGUCGAAUGUAAAUAACCCGAACGGCCAGCUCGCGCUAGUGGGUGGAAUGCCACAUGCCAUGAUACCUGGUUUCAACAGUGGGCAUGCGGCCACCAUGCAACACAUGUACGGAGGACACCACCCGCAGCAGCCGCAAACUGCGAAUGACAGGCCGUUCAAGUGCGAUCAGUGCCCGCAAAGCUUCAAUCGAAAUCAUGACUUGAAGCGACACAAGCGCAUACAUUUAGCUGUAAAGCCAUUCCCUUGUGGCCACUGCGACAAGAGCUUUUCGCGAAAGGAUGCCCUCAAGAGGCAUAUUCUCGUGAAAGGCUGCGGCAAAGUGUCAUCUAGCGGCGAUGGCGAAAAGAACGAGAGCCUCUCUCCAAACGACAAAGGCUCUUCAGGUGCCGGCGAUUCCGCCGAUAGUAAACCCGCGAUCUCCGGCCACUCAUGA